UUCCAGCACGUCUGCCUGGAGAAGGGGGUUCCUUAUGGAGAGUUCUGAGCCUUCACCUCCUUGGGGACCCUUGUGGUGGAGGAUGACUCGGGAGGAGGCUGGGAGGCUACCCCAAGUACUGGCACGGGUCGGGGCCUCCCAUGGUAUCACCGACCUGGCCUGCAAGCUCCGCUUCUAUGACGACUGGGCUCCGGAGUAUGACCAGGAUGUGGCUGCUUUGAAGUACCGAGCCCCGCGCCUUGCUGUGGAUUGUCUCAGUCGAGCCCUUCGGGACCCACCCCAUGAUGCCCUGAUCCUGGAUGUGGCCUGUGGCACUGGCCUGGUAGCUGUGGAGCUGCAGGCUCGGAGCUUCCUCCAGGUGCAGGGGAUGGAUGGAAGUCCAGAAAUGCUGAAGCAGGCGCAGGCACGUGGCCUGUACCACCACCUUAGCCUUUGCACCCUGGGCCAGGAGCCGCUGCCCAACCCUGAAGGGACUUUUGAUGCGGUGAUCAUUGUGGGUGCCCUCAGUGAGGGACAGGUGCCCUGCAGUGCCAUACCUGAGCUCUUAAGAGUCGCCAAGCCGGGUGGACUUGUUUGUCUGACUACCAGGACCAAUCCGUCCAACCUUCCAUACAAGGAGGCGCUGGAGGCGACCUUAGACUCCCUGGAGCAGGCUGGAGCGUGGGAACGCCUGGUGACCCAGCCUGUGGACCACUGGGAGCUAGCAACAUCAGAACAGGAGACAGGGCUGGGCAGCUGUGUCAACGAUGGCUUCAUCUCUGGCAUCAUCUACCUUUACCGAAAGCAAGAGACAGCGCGGGGCGAGAGAGGGGGGCUCAAUAUCCAACCCCUUAGUUGACCACUGAUCCUCUAUGUAUGUUCUUAGUCCAGUGUGUUUUCUUAGCCUUGCCUGCUCUGUCUGUAAAAUGGGCCCAUCUUCCCAGCCAUUCCCAGAAUUCAAGGCCACAGGGCUGGAGCGAUCAUUAACAGUGCUUGGUUCUCGAAGCAUGAGAAACUGGACCACCAUCCUCAGCAUCCACAUAAAAAUCACACGUUACAAGCA